UCCAAACUCCACUGCUACUUCUCCUCUCUCAGUCUCUCUCUGGCGCGCGCUUUGGUUGCGUCUUGGCAAAGUAGCCGCGAUGUCGAAAGGAACGGACCGCAUGGUGAAGAGCUUGAAGAAGUUCGCAGACAUUCAGUACAAGCUCUUCACCGCUCGCUACGGCCAACAAAUCAUCGACUUCUUCGACUUCCCAAUCAAGCUCAUCCUCUCUCCUUUCACUCUCCCCUUCGACAUCGCCGGCUCCGCCCCCCGCGGCUUCGGCGUCCCCGAGCUCAUCUCCAAGCUCUCUUACGUUUCCAUUUUUGCUGUUGCAACUCUAGGGACUUAUGACAUUGCAUUGGAGCUGGGAAAAAAGGUUAUUUGUCAGAGAAACUGUCAAACGUGCAACGGAUGGCAGGCAUUGCGUUGCACUUUGUGCAAAGGAUCAGGAAAGGUGCAGUACCAAGUGAAAAAUUACAAGUUGAAGAGCGGGGAGAAGGCAACGGCGGAAUGUAUUGCCAAUGCCAUUGCUGAUAAUCGGGCUGAGUUGGUUCACCUUCCAUCCACCAUUGAACUUCAAGCAUCAUUGCCAUCUAAAGAUUGCCCAACCUGUGAUGGGACGGGUGUAAUGGGCUGUCCUGAAUGCAAAGACAAAUUACAAGUCAGAAUAUCUGCAGAUGACAUCAUGGAACCUCCUUGGAAAGCCUACAAUGUAUUAAGAAAGAUGGAUUAUCCCUAUGAGCAUAUAGUCCACAGCAUGAAGGAUCCCAGUAUUGCUGCCUUUUGGUUGUUUACGUUGCCUGAGGUUGCAGGUGGUUUUGAAUAUGAUGACGAUAUCAAGAAGAAAAUUUGGUGGCAGUACAAGGAAUCCAUGCGGUAUGAUCAACUCCGUGAUGUGGUGGCUAAGAGAAAACCUGGAUGGGAGCACUUACAAGAAGCCUUAAUUUCCAUAGAUCCUGAUCGUGCCAAGAAUGACCCUGUUAUAGUGAAAAACAUCCCGUACUACAAUGCCAAGAAGGCACUAGAAGCAGAAACCAUGAAACUCAAUCCUCCACCAAGGCCAACAGAUUGGGGUGAGCUGAACCUUCCACUGAAUGAGUCUUCGUGGAGCAAGGAGGAUCUAAAGGAUCCUGACAAAUUUUACGAAAUGACCGUCCUCCUUAAUGGCCAGAGAGAAAUGGCUGAAAAGAUUUUGGAUGCACAGUGGGAGAACAAGUGGCGCCAAGAAAAGUUGAAUGAGAUGUUGGAGGAGAAGGUGCGGCCAUAUAUUCAAAACACAGAUAAUGCUGUUCUUUCUCGGCCAAUUCUACUACAAUCACAAGAUCAGAACAAAAAGAGGACUCGACAACGUAGAUGGUGGAUCUUUUGACGACGCAAGCUUCAACAAUUUUUGUACCCGAUUAACGCCAUGAUGGGACUAUGUAGGUCCUUUCUGGCGGAUUCUUUAUAAGUUUGUAUUAUCACAUCUACUUGCGGCUUUAUUUCUUGUACUAGUUUCAAAUAUCACAAUUGUUUCACUUCCAUCCUCUCAUAAGUGUAAUUGUUGUCCCUACUAGUUGGGUGAUGUAGUUGUGAUAUAAGCAGCUUAUAAAAAUGCAAAUUUCUGAAAAUAGGAAGACAAUGAGUGAAAACAUAAUCUUUAAAGAGAAGAUUUUCCGACAAUGGUACUAAAAUUUGUAUAAAUAAAUGUGAAUUAUGUGACUCAACGAGUAAUAAAACGACAAAAG